UGCAGUUAGCCAAGAAGGUGCCCUUCGAGAACCCCGAUGUGCUCCUUCUUGUGCGUUGCAUGUACAUCUUGUCCAACGUCCUCAUCCUGGGUCUUUACUGGUAUACUCAGGCUAAGAUCAAUAAAAAGAAUGACUUGACUACGCUCAAGUACGUCGAGCCUGCUCCCAUGGGUAGCAACGAGGAGCCUCGUCCCGUGACUACCACCAACUGUGAGUACGACAAGGGACAGCUGCGCCAGCUGAUCCGUGGACAACUCAUGGGUGUUGGCAUGAUGGGUGUGAUGCAUCUCUACUUCAAGUACACCAACCCCCUCUUGAUCCAGUCGAUUAUCCCUCUCAAGAGCGCCUUCGAGUCGAACCUGGUCAAGAUCCAUGUCUUCGGCAAGCCUGCCACUGGUGACCUCCAGCGCCCUUUCAAGUCCGGCAACAGCUUCAUGAACCAGGGCCAAGUGAAGACUGACAAGGCUUCGGUCGAAAGCGCCGAGAAGAACUGGCGGGGAGGUGUCAAGGAGGAGUAAUCGGGAACGGCUUUAGGUAGCAGACGUGCGAUGAAGAUGGCACAUGUUUUGUACUUCUUGUAUUUAUAGAUGCCUUGCAUAGAUGCCUUGUCAUUGAAGUGAAAAGCUAAGCCGAGCUGCGUUGGUGCUGCUUCGCUUUGAUCUUCAUUGCUAAUGAUACUGCCGAUGGGUUUACGAAUUUCUUAAUCGCUUGUGUUGGGAUUAUCACCAGGAUGUAAGCAGGUUGAUUUUGAUGCCCGUUUAUAGCUGCGUG